AUGAGUGUACCAAAAGGGAAUAGUAGUCAAGAAGCAUACCUUGAACCUGUAAGUAAUACAGGACCAUUAUCACCAACAUUUAAAAAGAGGGGUCGUACAUUUUCACAAACAAGAAAUGCGUCUUUUGAUAAAAAGUCAAGUCCAUUAUUUUUAAAUGAAGGAGCAAAUGAAAAUGAAUCACCAAGAAGAAGAAACACAAUUAAAAAAUUAGCGGAUGUUAUUAAAAUAUCACCUGUAUUAAAAAGAAAUGAAACUGAACCAAUUUCACUUGAAGAAACUAUUCCAAUACCAUUAAUGGAUUUAGCACAUGAAAUGAUAGAAGAAAAAGAUAUUAAUGAAACAUUAAUGGAAGAAGAUGUUUUAAUUCUUUUAAAUGAGAUAAUUCCUAAAGCAGAUUUUUGGAAACAAACAAAAGGUGAAAAAGAAUUGAAAACAAAAUUUGGACAAGUUGUUUUAAAAUGUUAUAAACAUAGUAUUUUCUUUUUUGAAGACGAAACAAGAUGUAGUAAAGUUAAGAUUCCAUUUGAUGAACAAGAUAUAGUAAAUUGUCGUAUUUGUGUUCAUGCAAUGGAAAUAACACAUUGUGAAUUACUUCGUUGUUUUAUUAAAAUACUUAAAAGAAUAAAAGAUAUUAAUGAAAAUAAUAUUCAAAUUAUUUGUAAAAUUAUGAUUUCAGGUGGAUUUAUGAGAACAUUUGGAAUUGAUUUAUUUAUUAAAUUAGGUACUUUUCUUGAAUUAUGUAAACAAAAAGAAAGUGAUGUAUUUGAUUUACAAUCAAGAGAACCUUUCUAUACUUUAGAAGGAAGGUCAUUAAUUAUUACUCAUUGUAGUAAUGAAGUUAUGUUACAAAUGAUUUUUUCAAGAAUUCAACAAAUUAGUCAAUUUAUGGAAGAUUAUAUUGCUUUUACUCCUUAUAUUUGUGAUUUUCAAACUACUUUUGAAAAUUUUACUAAAGUUCUUGAUGGAAUUGAAAAAGAUUCUAAAAACGUUAAUGUUUCUAAAGAUUGGAUGAUUUUUGGUGUUAGUAGAUUUGAAAAAAUGAUUAUUUGUUGGAUUGAUAUUAUGGGAAAUGCUAUUCGUGAAGAGUGUUCUUAUUUAUUUAAUAGAAUCAAUGCUGUAAUUCAAAGAAGUUCUUUAUUAACUACUAAAUUUAAAAAAGAAUUACCUUG